AUGCUAGAAGAAUAUGUUGAGGGUGAUAGUGGAAUUACAUUUAAUGUUCAACCAAAGUUGAAAGCUUUGGAGAUUGAUCAGAAGGCAUGUGAUGCUAUCCUUUGUGGAAGAUUUUAUCAGGUGCAUUUGAACAUACCAAAUGGUGACAUGGUUGGGCAUAUCAGUGUUGUUGAGGCUAGUGUUGUACCAUGCAAGACUGCUAAUGAUGCUGUUAAGGGGUUUAAUUUUGUGAAACAAAUGAUCUUGGAUGCAGUAGAUCAAGUGGGUGGAAUAUUUGUGGUGACUGUUGAUCAUGGUAAUGCUGCGGACAUGGUGAAGAUGAACAAGAAGGGAGAGCCUACUCUUCAUAAAGAAGGAAAUGUUCAAAUUUUAACCUCUCAUACUCUUCAGCCAGUAAGUUAG